AUGAGCGACUUAAAUCACGAUGCUGACUAUCCGAAUUACGUUGAAGAAUACUUUGAUAAAUCCACCGAACGAGAGGUACUCACGGAAUGGGUGCUUGCAAACGCAAGCAAAAUCAUUGUUUCUGACUUCUCGAGUGGCAAAUACUCAAUACUCGAUGUUGGCGCGCCAGACGGUGAUAUUGAUUUGAAAAUUCUGUCGCUAAUAUGGCGGAAUUUAGAGCCGGGCACGGAGACCUCUUUUCGUGUUGUGAAUGCGCAAGCUGCCGUGUUAGAGAAAUACAAAACUGCAGUAACUUCCAGCAAGAAGCGGGAGUACAAGAAAAUUGCAUUCGACUGGCGUGCGGUAACAUUGGCUGGUUACCUCGGGGGAACAUCUGGUGAGUCUGGCGGAUGUAAGAUUAAUUUGGUUUUGUUCAUGCAAAGUAUUUAUUACGAAGAGCCCGAACAGGCGCUAGUUGACAUCUACAACAAGGAAUUGGAACACAACGGCGUGAUCGUGUGCGUUCUCCAAGACGAAAAUAAUUUUGCGAUCAGACUGCAAAACGAGCUACAAGGCAAGGAAUUCCCAAAGUCUAAGAAAAACAUCAGCGGUAAAGAUGUCGUAGCUAUUGCGGAGAAACAUGAAUGGAAAUGGGAGGUAGAUACGCUGGAAUAUAUCUUAGAUGUUAACGAAUGUCUUAAAGAAGACUCGAGUAAAGGAGAUAUGCUGCUCGAUACGAUGUUCAAUGUCAAAGAUAUACGAAAACAAGCCUCGGCCGAUGUUAUCGAACAGAUCACGAAGUCCUUAGAGAAAGAAGCGGCCGCGAGUGGUGGCUCUAAAAUCCUCAAAGAAAAGGUUGCAAUUGUUAUUAUUUAUAAAUGA